AUGUCUUCAUGGAAAAAGGCCGCAAAGGCCAACCAGAAGACGCACAAAGAGCGUCACCAGCCGGCAUCCCGCAAACAUUUAGGUCUACUAGAAAAGAAAAAAGAUUACAAGAAGCGCGCUGACGUCUAUCAUGAGAAGGGCGAGACAUUAAAGCUUCUACGCAAAAGAACUCUUGACAAGAAUCCUGAUGAGUUCUACUACCAUAUGAUAAAUUCUAGGGUAAAAGAUGGGGAGCAUCAUGAAAUGGAGAAAGAAGAUGAGCAUUCAAAAGAACAGGUGAAGCUGAUGCAGACACAAGAUAUCAAGUACAUUAAUAUGAAAAGAACUAUUGAAAGCAGAAGGAUCAACAGGCUACAGGCACAACUGCAUAUGACAGAUGUAGCUGAUGCAACUCCAAACACUCACAUAUUUUUUGUUGAUGAGGGAGAAGAAAAAGACUUUGAUUUAGCCAAGAGACUGGAUACACACCCUGCACUACUUGGCAGAAAAUCAAACAGACCCAGAUUGUCAGAUUUGGAUAAAAUUGUACUGCCCGAAUUAGACGAUGAGACUUUAGAAUCUAUGAAAAAGCAGAAGGCUAAAGUAUACCAGGAACUAUCUAAGCGGAUAGAGAGAGAGAAAGAGUUAAUGGUGAUUCAACAGAAGAUGGAAUUAAAACGUCACCUACAGGAUGUUAAGGUUAUGAAACCAAAGAGACUGGCACAUGGCACUAAAAGUGCAGCUCCGGUUUAUAAAUUCCAGUAUAUCAGGAAAAAAUAA